AUGAGUUCCAUUGUAGCAUAUUCAGAAAAAGAACAAGAGAUUUACAAAGUGAAAAAAGGUGUCUAUCAGAACGACUGGGACGAUUCGAUUAAGAGUUACAAAUUUUUUGAAAACGAGUUGUGUUUCCAUGAUAGCAUUCUACUUCGUAGAAAUAAAAUUGUAAUACCACAGCAACUUUGCAAGAGUGUAUUAGAUGCUGCAUACGAGGGUCAUCCAGGUAUCGUAGCGAUGAAGGGACGCUGGAGAUCAAAGGUAUGGUGGCCCCGUAUCGAUAAAGACGUAGAACAAUUAGUAAAGGCAUUUACAAUGUUGUACGUUAGUGGAUUUGCCAAGCCCAACUGCACCAAUGAAGAGACGAGAGUUGCCUGCAGCUCCAUGGAUAGAUGUCACAAUGGAUCUAAUGGAACCAUUGCCAAGUAA